GUUUUUAAAUCACGAUCCAUAUGGAGUCCAAGAAGAACUGCAGCGUCAGCCAGAUGUGCACCAAGGAGAUGCCCAAAGGAGCUGAUUUGGAGAUUUCCCAUCAGGCCCCAUCCAUGAGGCGCGUCGUCAACCUGAUCAUCGCCAUGGAGAGACUGAAGGUCGGCAUGGCAAAGUCGGUCCUGAGCCCCAACUUAAGCAACAAAGAGAGAUUGAUCUUUGAGAGGACUUCAGCUGAACCGAGUCAGUUCUUCAAGAGGGAAGAGCAUCCCUGCUCUGUGACAGACGGACCUAAAAGAAGCCUGGUUCUGGUCCGGAACAGCAUGAACCUUCUGGCAGUGACGCUGACUGGAGGCAACGACAUUUUCCUGAACAUGGCGAAUUACAUUCACCUGUUUCCCGACACUGGGCUGGGCCAGCCUGUGGUUCUGGGCAUCAGAGACACUAACCUCUACCUGUGCUGCAAACAGGUCGGCGACACACCAAUUCUGCACGUGGUGGAAGUGGGGAACAAAAUGAGCCUCUCUACGAUCACCGCAGGGAGCGACAUGAUGCGCUUCUUGUUCUACAAACAGGACACGAGCCUGAACGUCAGCACGCUGAUGUCCGCCUUCUAGAUCCCUGCCUUCAUUGAUCAACCACCUCUUCCUCCUGCAACACCUUCUUCACCAUCAGGCCAGCUCUGGGGUUCGAAACACCAAACUGUCCUUUUCUCUCAAAGGUUCCUUUUUUAGUUCUCAGCGUUAAGGAAAGAUUGGCUAGAUUAUUGAUUUUACUUAUUUGAUUAUUUCUUCUACUGACUUAAGCUGUACUGACCCUUGCAAAAAUGCUUUACUA